UCAGAUGAAGCCCAAAUGAGACUUCAGCUGAAGCGAAAACUGCAGAGAAAUAGGACAUCUUUUACCCAAGAGCAAAUUGAGGCUCUGGAGAAAGAAUUUGAAAGAACCCAUUACCCGGACGUGUUUGCCAGAGAGAGACUAGCUGCCAAAAUAGACCUACCUGAAGCAAGAAUACAGGUAUGGUUUUCUAAUCGAAGGGCGAAGUGGAGAAGGGAAGAGAAACUGAGGAACCAGAGAAGGCAGGCUAGCAACACACCCAGUCAUAUUCCCAUCAGCAGUAGUUUCAGUACGAGUGUCUACCAGCCAAUCCCACAACCCACCACUCCUGUUUCCUCCUUCACGUCAGGUUCUAUGUUGGGUCGGACAGACACAGCUCUAACAAAUACAUACAGUGCUUUGCCACCCAUGCCCAGUUUCACGAUGGCGAACAACCUGCCUAUGCAACCCCCUGUCCCCAGCCAGACCUCCUCUUACUCUUGCAUGUUGCCCACUAGUCCAUCGGUGAAUGGGCGGAGUUAUGAUACUUACACACCCCCGCACAUGCAGACACAUAUGAACAGUCAGCCAAUGGGCACUUCUGGUACCACUUCAACAGGCCUCAUUUCCCCUGGAGUCUCAGUACCUGUUCAAGUUCCUGGAAGUGAACCUGAUAUGUCUCAAUACUGGCCACGAUUACAGUAA